UCCCCCACAGCACAAAAUGUACCGGGUAAUCCCGCGUUACUCAUUCGAACCUAGUCGUAGAUAAAUGAUGCAUAUAUAAGUCAGGAUUUCAGACCAGAGAUACAUUCACUCUCCAAUCUUCUCUUGAGAAGCAGUAAGAUACAUAAUAAUAAACAUGAAAUUGAUCAUCGCUGCCGCCUUCCUAUGCGCCGUAGCAGCAGUGUCUGCUACCUUGCCGAACCAAAGAUGGCCACCUCGUUCAACUGGACCUACUUUCCCACGUCCGAAUAAUCCGCAAUAUCGGUUCCGACGUGAGGAUGAUCCCAACAGAAGAAUUCGAGUGCAGGGAAAUAUUCCCGUUGGAAAUUCCCACAAGCAGCCAUCAGUCGACGUGAACUACGAACACCGACUUUCUGACACCGGAAGGCGGACAGUUGAUGCCUACAGUGGACUGAACAUUCAAUCUGGCCGUGUUCAACCCCACGCUGGAGUUCGGUUCGAGCACAACUUUGACAAUGGGUUGUUCCUCAAGGGUUACGGUCAAGGACAGACAGGACCUCAUGGCAGGGUGGAACCUCAGUUAGGCGCCGGCUUUGGUCUAAGAUUCAGAAGAGAUAUUGAAGCAGAAGAGACUGAUGCUGAAUUUGAAGAACAAUAGAAAAUUGUGAUGGAGUUGAUAUAUUGUCUCCUUGCGUGCUAUUGAAUUUUGUAUAAAUAUUUUAAUAUAUUUAUUAUUUGCUUACA